CUAGCCUUGUAAACGAGAGUGCAGCAACGCCAAUGGGUGGCGAAACGUCAUUUUGAGUCAUGGCGGCGCUCAUUCUCUCACGUUUAUCAUUGCUCCUGUUCUGACCGGACCUGAGCUUUCUUCGCCUUUCUUCUGGGGCUCCCAAGAGGAGGAUCGGUAAAGAAUGAGUGGAUCGCAGAAUGAUUACUUGUCAGAGGCAGAGGAGCAGCAAUUGAAGGCAAUGAUGCUCCAAUGUAAAGGGGCAGCAUUUGAUGCCGAAACACUCAUAGAAAAGCUCACGACUGACAUCUCAUCGCUGGAUGGUGCAAACAUACACACUCUGGUCGGAUCCGAGAAGCAAGUUCACGAAGUCUUGGCGCAGCUUCAAGAUGCUUUGGACGAGAUUGAGAUCGUGGAAAAAAGGCUCACAGCAUACGAGGACAAAUUAUCUGGGGUCCGUGAAAUGGUGGUCGAUUUGGAGGAGAAGAAUCGCAUGCUACAGACAAAGAACACUAACAAGAAAGCUCUGCUAGAUGAGUUAUCUUCGUUUUUGAGCCAGCAAGAUUUGAAAGAAGAAUAUGUGAAUGCUCUAAAUGCUGCUGAUUUCUCAAAUGUGAGUCUCCUGAUAAAAGCCAGUGAUGACCUCCAGAGAGCCCUAAAUCCCAAUGUCUCAUCAUGCUUGACUAAGAUGAGUGCCUAUCAGGAACAGAAGAAGAAACAUGAACGACUCAAGGUCAAAUUCUCCCAGAAGUUGCAGAUGCACCUCAAAAACAUGUUCACACACCUGAGUAGUGUGGCAGCUGGAGGAGAAGGGGUGACUGUACAACCCGUGGAAGAGCUGAGCCUCGCAGGUCAUUCGGCCAUCCAUCGACUCCUCAGACCGUUCACCCCGCUCGUGAGAUGGAUGAGGGACUUGGACCCAGCUGGAUAUUCUAAUCUCUUGCAAGCAUAUUGUACAGCUGCCUCCAGACUUUAUAGCAGAGACAUUCAGCAGUUCUUCCAGGAUGCACAUCGCAUCAUGGAGAAGAAAGGAGAAGGGGACAAGUCAGAUGAAGGCAGUUGGUUGAAGGCAUUGUCCUCUUCACCCAAGUCUUCCAAUGUAGCCCCUCUUCUUGGAGCUGACAGAGAGCAGUUUCUGCAUGCAACUGCAACAAGUACAUGGGAUGCCCAGAGGCGAGUGUUUGAAGGCCUGGUGGAGCGGUUGCUGGGCCAACUAGAACCUGUUUGCCUUGCUGAGCAAGAUUUCUGCCUCCGUUUCUUUCACAUGGAGGAGAGGUCCAAGAAGCAAAAGGAGCUCAGCCUAGAAAUGAGGAAGAUGAUGAGUGCCCUUUUUGUUAACUUGGAGCCUGAGUUUCUAGCCUUCAUGUCUCACUAUGAGAAAGUGGAUUCCCAUUACUGCAUGAUUCUGCUGGUGAGAUUGAGCAAGCAUGUCCUGCGGGCCGAAGACACAGGAUCCUUCUUGGCUGUUACAUUUGGAUCAGCACUCAUUCAGGCCAAGAGGUCCUUUGACAAGAUGAUGAGCCUUCACAUCACUUCUCUCCAUGAUUACAAGUCAAAUCGUUCUCGCAAAGCUGGCAUCCUUCCCUUCAUCCUCAACUUUGAGGACUUUGCCAAGGCAGCUGAAAGAAUCUUUGAAGGUAGCCACAGAAGAACAGACUUGGAAAAGUGGUACUCUAGGAUCUGUGCCGUGAUCUUCGAGACAGUGGAACGGAUUGCAAAGGAACAUGGGAAGACUCCUUCCCAGGUCAUCCGAAUGGAGAAUUAUCAUCACCUGUUCUCUGUGCUAUCUGAGCUGAAGAUUACAGCUCUGGAGAAGGAGCGGAAGGAGACAAAAAGUCACUAUAAGGCUGCUCUGGAUGAUUAUGUCAACACUUAUUUUGGCCAUCCCCUUGAAAAGCUUCAUGUGUUCUUCGAGGGAGUGCAGACUAAGGUGGCUGAAGGAGUGAAGGAAUCUGAGAUUGGCUACCAGCUGGCCUUCUCCAAGCAAGAGCUUCGACGUCUUAUUAAGGAAUAUCCCAAAAAAGAAGUCCAAAAAGGACUUCAGCAUCUUUACCAAAAAGUAGAAAGGCAUCUCUCUGAAGAUGAAAGUCUGCUCCAGGUGGUGUGGAGAGCAAUGCAGGAAGAAUUCAUUAAGCAGUACAAAGGGAUGGAUGAGCUCAUCCAGCGAUGUUACCCUGGUGCACAGAUCUCACUUGAAUUCAAUAUUGAUGACAUCCUAGAAAUAUUUUCAGAGAUUGCCCAACUACAUUAACAAUCCCCCUGGGGAAGGCUGGCAGAUUGCACAAAUGACUACUAUUACUACAAUUUCAUAUGAGGAAAUGAUGAAACCAACUGAGCGUUUUCUCUGCUACAUCCAUUCUGUGAACACAAUUUCAUCAUUCUGGUAGAUUCAAACAACCAGAUGUUGGUAAUCAUUGAAG